CCAUCAAGGAAUAAGUAGGGCUUGACUGACCCAUUGACAUCGCUCAUAAGGCCCCAAAGGAAGUUCUGAGUCGAGUGCUACACCGAAUCGUUGAAGUACACGAGCUUGCACCGAGUAAAGAUGCAGCGUACCACCGACCUGACGAGACGUCGAGCAGAGUUCGACAAAAGUCCCGACAUUGAUCUCCAAAAAUUAUGGGAUAAGGCGAAGGAAGAUUUCGAAAGGGAAACCAGAAUGACACUUGACGAUACCUUCUCCGUCAGCGACAUACCGGACAAGAUCAAAGCAGUGAAUGCAAUGCCAGAACCCGAAGACGAUGAAACCGGAACAGAAAAGUCCUCUGGCAUAUCCAAGAAAGCCAUUGCCAAGGAUGUCUUCCAACGAGCUAAGACCAUCUUUGCCAAAGUUUUCAAAGUGAUUUGGAACUUCUCAGAGUUCUUCUUGCCUGCAGCUGAACAAAUACCUAUCGUGGGCGCAGGCGUUUCAUUUUUAGCCAAGGCCAUUGACCUGCUCAUCCAGACGACGAGGAACUAUCGUGACAUCUUCCUCAAAGCCGCUCAGCUCUUUGAACAGGUGGGGUUCUUUUCCAUACGAUUUGAGAUGCUGAUGGAAGCUGAGAGUGCCGGCGCGGAAUUGCAUCCCAAAUUCCGCCAGUUCCUCCAUCGCAUCAUGACACAGGCUGUCAGCUGUAUUGCGCUUUACAUCCGGUUGACCAACGAGGCUAAAGGCAGUGUGGACAACGGGUCGACUCGCGAAAUGAUCAAACGCAAGUUCAAAUCUGGAACUCACGUAACCAUGCGAUUCUUCCACAUAAUGGCAACAGGAUACGACGGGGAUAUGGGCGCCCGUACGGCAGAGCUCCAAAAGCUAAUCGAAGAAGAAGGCAGGCUGUCGAGUGCCCUCAUUCUAGCAUCCGUCCUCAAGAUCCACAAGGACGUGGGUACCAUCAACACCUCUGUCAACACAAUUUCGGGCAAACUGAGUCACGUUCACGAGAUGAUCAUGGAGUACAGUACCUCGCUCGGACCAAGCCGUGUGGAUCAACUCAAGACGUUGUUCUGUAUCGCUAAUGAGCCUUAGAAUGAUGCUUUCCGUGCUAUUGCAGAGCGUCGUAUACCCGGAACAGGUGUAUGGCUCCUAGAGCACGACGGUUUCAACGCCUGGGUAGCUGCUCAGGAUGAUUCCCGUCACAUAUUUGCUG